GAGCGGGAAUGCAUUGACGUCAGAAGGAAGCCAGGCGCGCUUAACCCGUGCGUCUCUGCGGACACGUCUGAGCGCCGCGCAGCGAGUCCGAGGACAGUUAUGACUAGUCUGCACGCGUGGAAUGGAGCUGUAAAACCGUGCUGUUUUUCUUUUUGUUUUUCCUUUUUUUUUGAGUGUGUGUCAUCGGACAAGUGUGAGGCAUUACAGUGGUUGGACAACUGAGUGAAACGCUCGCAGCUAAACCACAUCUGUACGACAAUGGCUACUCAGCAGCCAUAAAGAACUCUGCUAGUUCCUCUUCCCUUGAUACCUGCACAACCCACCCUUUCCCCUUCCUCCUUCGCUCCGUCCUCUUAGGAGUGGGCUCCUGAUCCUGUCCAAGCUACACUUUAUCCUCUGACUACUUCUUAAACCACCACUAUCCAUCCUAACCAUGGACUCCUCCGGGGGCUUCAAAUCAACCCGGGACAGUCUACAUCUUCUGGACCACAGCAGUGGCUCCAGUCAUGCUGAUCUCAGCGGAUUGUACCACCUUGGUCGUACGUUGGGAAGGGGCCACUUUGCGGUAGUCAAACUGGCCCGUCACAUCAUCACUGGGCAACUGGUUGCUAUCAAGAUUAUUGACAAGACAAAACUGGAUGUCCUGGCAACAAGCCACCUCCUACAGGAAGUAAGGUGCAUGAAGCUGGUGCAGCACCCCAACGUGGUCCAUCUUUAUGAGGUCAUCAACACACCGACCACUCUCUACUUGGUCAUGGAGCUGGCUGAGGGGGGUGACCUCUAUGACUACAUCCUCCGCCAUGAGGGGGGAGUGGCUGAGCACACCGCCAAGCGACAUUUUGCUCAGAUCGUGCGUGCCGUGGCAUACUGCCACCGGCUCCAUGUGGUGCACCGCGACCUGAAGCCUGAGAAUGUGGUGUUCUUCCCUCAGCAGGGCGCGGUAAAGCUGACAGACUUUGGGUUCAGCAACCUUUUCCAGCCGGGGUCAAUGUUGGCUACCAGUUGUGGGUCACUGGCAUACUCUGCUCCAGAGAUCUUGCUGGGAGAAGAGUAUGAUGCGCCUGCUGUAGAUAUCUGGUCUCUGGGUGUGAUCCUGUACAUGUUGGUGUGUGGAGUUCCUCCCUUUCAGGAAACCAACGACAGUGAAACGCUCGUCAUGAUCCUGGACUGCCGCUACUCGGUUCCUGAGCACGUGUCGGACGGCUGCAGAGACCUGAUCUCCAGGAUGCUUCAGAAGGAUCCCUCCCAUCGUGCGUCACUUGAAGAGAUUGAUGCUCACAAUUGGCUACAGGGGUUGGACAACCCCUUACUCAGCCCCGAGGCUCCGCCCAACUGGCUUUCAGGGGCCCUGUCUCCUUGCUCCACCCGCCCGGGAAGACCGGAGUGUGGGGACCUGCUUGCCGCCAAGCCCCUGCCUCAUCAAGUCUUCCCCGGACCCAGACAGCCCUGUUUCAGUCUCCAUCCCCCUCCCGCAGAUGAACCCCCCACCACCAAGACCCUCGUAGCACUUCAGCAUAUCUGUGAGGAAGAGGAGGAUGAUGAUGAUGAAGAGGAGGAAGAGGAGGGGGAGGGGGUGGAUGAACAAAGCAGUCCAACAAAAGGAAGUGAGGAAGACUUAACGUCGAGGCCUUUAUUAUUAAAAGAGUGGUGUCGUCACUUGUCGGGCCCAGGGGGAAGAGACAUCUUUGUGGCGUUGCAGGGUGAACCAGAGGGUCAAGACGGAGAAGAGGGAAAUGCAGGGAAAGAAGGGCUACAGAUGGAAAGCUGUGGAGAUGAGGUGGAGAUGGAGGAGGAGGAAAUGAUUGGCACAGCAGAAACAGAGAUGGAGUUGGAGAGAGAAGAGAAUGGGCGCCUGCUUUCGGACCAACUAGUCAGGGGUGGGGAUGAGCGUGUUUGUGAAAUGUCUGAAAUCCCUCCACCAUCUCAGCCUGCUUUUAUGAACGUCCAGUGUUGUCAGGGCCAAGCAAACGCACUGAGCUCAAACGUGGCAAAGGAUGGCGAGGCAGAACCCAACAACAAUGUCAAUAAACCAUCCUCUGACUCCCCCCUCCCCCCUGUUUCCUCCAGUCCUCCACUGACCGCCAGACACAACCUGACUGGGUUGGAGGCACAAAGAACAGAAAGAGAGGGACGAGCAGGGGAAAGAAGGGGUGAAGGAGAGACAGACAGAUCCCAGUCCAGAAAUGCAUCUGGGUCUCGGGAGGCGGGGCCUGAUGCUGCUGCUAAGGUUGAGCCAGGGAAGGGUCGCAGUGUAAAGCUGAGAGAGAGACUAUUUCAAUUCCCCCUGUGUGAGAAAGCCCUCUCCUUCAACCUACCGACUCACAAUAAGACCAAGAUCCUGCCCUUGACUCAGUACAACUGCUGCCAUGUGUUAUAGACCAUCCUGACCAUCCGGGCCAGGAGACCAUCUGCAAUGUGCUGCUGCACUCCACCGUUGUCUAUGGACUCAGUUGUGACACACUGGCUACACAGUGACCUGGAGAACAAAGGUUAUUUCCCAACGAGGCUGAGGGAAACCUUGUGAAGUGAGCGAUCCACAGAGCAAAGCGCCCUGUGCUGCCUUCCUGCCCCCUUCUGCCCCUUCCGGCCCCUUCCUGUCCCGGGCUGCAAACAAACACAGCACAUACCCUAUAUGUACAGUGGUACUUGAGGUAUCACAGAAACAGGAAGACAGAAACAUACUUAAGCACAUCUACACAAACACACACACACACACACACACACACACACACACACUUGUAUUUAUUUACUGAGUGUUGAGUUUAACUAGAACCCAGUAGCCAAAAGUACUAUAGAAGAACCUCAUCCAUUUGCUGCUUUGUACAGGGGCAACUACAGUUAUGCUAGCUUGUGCAGCUACUACCUGAUGUAUCCAUACUGACUACAUGUGGACAACAGUAGACCUUCUGGAGAAGCGGGAAAAGAUAAAGAUAUGAGAUGUUUUUAAACAUAUGUGCUAUCAAAAGGACAACAUGUUGACUACAUAGGGGCAUCAUGCCUCAGGAGGUAGAGUGGGUGGUCUAGUAAUCAGGAGGUUGCUGGUUCGAUCCCCGGCUCCUCCAGAGAGCAGGUGGAAGUGUCCAUGAGCAAGACACUGAACAUCAACCUGCUCCUCAUGAUGAGCAGGUUGGCAUCUUGCAUGGCAGCCUCCACUGUCAGUGUAUAACUGUGUGCAUGAAUGUGUGUGUGAAUGGGUGUGGAAGUGUGUGUGAAUGUGGGGCAUCCACUGUAAAACACUCUGAGUUGUCGGUAGACUAGAAAAGCGCUUUAUAAAUACAUUUAUCAUUUACAUCUGUUUUACUAAUAGAAUCUCAAGUGUUUUUCAUUUGAGAAAAGGGUGCCUACUCCAAUAGCAUGGGUGUAUGUGAUAGUCAUGUCACAGCAGAACUUUUGUCUCACUCAUAAGCUCAAAAUAACUUCACAAGUCAAACAUUCUAGAAGCAGAGCUCUGUACAAGCCACACUUUUGUAUUCUACAAGUUAGAGUCAAGCAUCAAACAUCUAAACUCUGUGAAUAACUGAACCAGCUUUUGCUACAAGGUAGCUGUCCUCUCCUUUUCCAUUUUGCACAACCUGCCUCUCAUAUUGAUGAACAUUAACUAUUGAUUCUGCUUCCGGUGUGGGAAGAUGGUGGCGCAAAUUCACGUUUGCAGCGGCCUCACGCAGUACCAUCCAUGCAGUGUCUUUGUCCACGUCUGCGUCUAAGUUUGUCUUCGUUUGAUGGCUGGGAGAGCUGGUGCUGGAUCGGCGAGGAGAGCUUGGGCUACAGUGUCCUGUGGGCCCAGGGACCACGGCCCUGCCUGGAGCUGUGCCCGAAGAGGUAACACCAAGGGCGGUCUGACAGGACGUGGAAGUGGGGCAGGCUAAACUAACCGCUAGCCCACGCAGACCGGCAGUUCCGAUAACACCGAGGGUGGUCUGGCAACGGCCUCACCUCGCCUUGACUGUAUUUUUAGUGGAGUGCGGGGAGGUGUGUCAAAGGUGUCUGUCUGGGAGAGCUGGCGUUGGAUUGGCUGAGGGAGCCUGGUCUGCUGCGUCCUGUGGGCCCAAGGACCACGGCCCUGACCGGAGCUGCGCCCGAAGACGAAACACAGAGGGCGGUCUGACAGGACGUGUAAACGGAGCAGGCUAAGCUAACUGCUAGCCCAUGCAGACUGGCAGUUCUGACAGUCAUCCUGGCUGGCGUUCAUUCUCCUGGACAGUGAUUUUUGUUUUUUUGUUUUUGUUUUUUUUUAGUUUAGAUAUGGUAUGUGUUAGUUUGCAUAUGUGUUCUUGUAGUUCUAGUAGUUUUUGGAUGUGUUUUGUCUUUGUGUUGCACUGCUGAGGGAAACAAUGUUUUUCAUUUCAUUUCAUGUGUGCAAGUGCAUGAAAUGAAACGAUAAAUAACGUGUUUCUGAUUUCUGAUCGUUAGUGGUUAGAAACUCUUAUUUCAAAUAAAGUAGACUGCUUUGAUACAUAUGAUGACAUAUGAUAUGAUAAGAUAUAUCAUUUAUGCCCUAAGACUGAGGAGCAAUAAAUAGAGGAUUAUCAUAUGAUUAUUUUUGUCUUAGUUCUUCAAUCUUAUUAUUCUUUAAGUCUUAUUCUUAAGUCCUUGAUUGUUCUUGUAUUGCAUAAUACUGACCAUUGACAGGGAUGCAGGUCUUCCAUGCUAUCUAUUCAAAUGUAUUCUUAUAAAUACUAUUAAACCUUUCAAUGACAUUAGACUAUUUUAUUUUGCACAUGUAGAGAUAGAAAAAUAAGAUUAUGUCUGAUUUUUGUUUAGACAUGGUGACAAAAAUAUUUGUUUUUCAAGUGUUUCUUUACUCCCUAACGUGUUCAGCACUGUGCAUGGUAUUACUGUUUUUUAUCACAAUACACCUCCAUGUGUCUUGGCGUUCACCACACGUUGUUUUUGUAUCACUGUAUAACUUGUAUCACUGUACUAUGGUGCUUGAUACAGUCAUGUAUAAUCCACUAAGGGCAAAAUGAACAUAAAACCACUAGAUGUUAUCCUUUAUACCAGCGCUGAUCCAGGAUUGGUGGAAGGUCAUAAGCUACUGUUGUCUUAUUGGGUGGACGUGUGAGGCAUAGCUCUCAUUAUUGUGAUUAUAUUUUACCAUGUAAUGCCUCCAUGUGUUUCUAUAUUUUACAGUUUUGUUUUCUUGCAAACUCCAUAUUUCCAUCUUUUUAAAUACGUAUGAGAAGUGUACCAUAAACAGAACAGUAAAUGAAGGCCAAAGCAUGUAAAACAGCUAUGUUGACUGCUGGUAGUCCAGUAAUAGUCCAGUAAUAGUAGUAGUCCAGUGAACAGCUGGCUCCUGCAGCAGUGCAGUCUGGGAGUGAUCCAAACAGGUACCAAAUGUUUUUAAUCCUUUUGGACUCAUGACCUGCACUUCCUCUGGCUGCACCAGCAGGGAAAAUCAUGUGAAAUCAGAUCAUUGCCCUUGUUCAGCCAGCCGCAGAAGCAGAAAAUCUCUAAAAUGGAGCUUGUUACGGGGAUAAAAUCACAUUACUUGUCCCAGUGAAUGUGUCUUCCUAUACAGCGUGUCUGUCAUGUAUCUACUGACCUGCAUCAAACCAGGACCAUGUCUCUAUGGGGAGAUCUACUUAUUUUUCUGUCUUUAUUUAUUAAAAUGGAUUAAAUCAACAAG